AUGUUGAGACCGCGGAUCGGCGGUGUCCUUUUGAUUCUGGUCGAUAUUAUUUGGAUUAUUUUCAGUCAGCUCAAGGAUUACGUUUUCAAAGAUGUCCAUUUCGACAAGCCAUACUUCUCAACAUACCUAAACUACUCAUUUUUCACUGUAUACCUCCUUGGAUUCUUGGUCUACAAGCCAUGGGGUCGUCAAUGCGUGCGAUGCACCUGUGCUGAUGACUACUACUACAACGUGCUUGAAAACACCGAGGAUGAAGACGACUCGACCCAAUCGGAUACUGAAUCAUGUUCAUCCUUCGAAGCCCUAUCCCAAUCACAGUACAUUGAAAUUCAUCUCCCUUCAUGCCCAUCAGAUGACUCAGAAGCCGAUACUACAAUGCGCGUGAAAUUCUCGCCAACAGCCGAAGUGAAAUCACUGCCCGACUCAACUUCCGAAAAGAUCGCUCGGAUGAGCCACCUCAAGUCGCGCCGCGCCCGUCAAACCAACAAAAUCAUGAAAAGCACCCGCAAAAUGACUUUUAUUGCCAAAUACGCGUUCUUAUUUACGCUUCCGUUGUUUAUGGCAGAUUAUUGUCGCGUCUUAGCGAGGACCAAGACCUCCGCUCCCGUCAGUGACAUUUUGCAGAGUACCGCUGGCGUUUUUACACUCAUUCUGGGGGCGAUAUUUCCUGCUUCUACGAUCGACAAGUUCAGUGUUUUAAAGUUCAUCUUUGCGAUUUUAAUGAUGGGUGGCAUGGUGCUCAUUUCUGUUGGAGGAUCUGAGGAGAUUUACGUUGAUGCUAGUACUGGCACGAUCCUAUCGCUAAUAUCAACACUAUCUAUCUCCAUCUUUUGA